GUCGCAAGCAAUCAAGGACACGAUUCCUAAACUCUGGUUGGACGGUGCGGUGUGAUAUUGAAUGGUCCGAAACCAAUGGCUGCCACCACGGCUUCUCAUCCCCAGAUAACGACUGGUACCGGAAUCCAUCCCCGAGUCAGACUCGGUUGCUCCUCCUUGAUUCGUGUACCUGCAUCCUCCUCCUCUGCGAUCACUUCUGCUCUCUCCCGCAUUCCCAAUGCUCUCCUCAUCAUCAAUCGCGGUUCCACUACGCGGCGUGCCAUUCGAGGCGACUCGCUUUCUUCUUUCGUCACUCGUCGACGUGACUUGCCUUCAUCACUCCGAACUUCUGCCUCUCUCUCCACCAACGAACUGGUGCAGACUAGCUCUUCAGAGGAAAUUGUUGAGAAUUUAGUGAUCAUAGGAUCUGGACCUGCUGGAUAUACUGCUGCAAUAUAUGCAGCUCGAGCAAACUUGAAGCCAGUGGUGUUUGAGGGCUAUCAAGUAGGUGGGGUUCCAGGGGGUCAGUUAAUGACUACUACUGAAGUAGAAAACUUUCCAGGAUUUCCAGAGGGAAUAACUGGUCCAGACUUGAUGGAUAGGAUGCGGCGACAAGCUGAACGUUGGGGAGCUGAACUGUAUCAGGAAGAUGUGGAAUUCGUUGAUGUAAAGAGUGCUCCUUUUACUGUGCGAAGUAGUGAACGUAAGGUAAGGUGCCAUAGUCUCAUUGUUGCCACCGGAGCUACUGCAAAGCGACUCAGAUUACCUCGAGAAGAAGAAUUUUGGAGUAGAGGAAUUAGUGCAUGUGCUAUUUGUGAUGGCGCAUCCCCGCUUUUUAAAGGCCAGGUCCUUGCUGUGGUUGGAGGUGGUGAUACAGCUACUGAGGAAGCAAUAUACUUAACCAAGUAUGCACGUCAUGUGCAUUUACUUGUCCGUGGAGAGCAUCUUAGAGCAUCAAAGGCAAUGCAAGAUAGAGUUUUCAACAAUCCGAAUAUCACCGUGCAUUUCAACACAGAGACUGUGGAUGUGGUUAGUAACCCAAAAGGGCAGAUGUCAGGCAUUCUGCUGAGGAGAGUAGACAGCCAAGAGGAACAUGUGCUAGAGGCUAAGGGGUUGUUUUAUGGGAUAGGUCAUUCUCCUAACAGCCAGCUGUUGAAAGGGCAAAUUAAACUUGAUAGCGCAGGAUAUAUUUUGGCCGAGAAGGGAACAACGAAAACGUCUAUCAAAGGUGUCUUUGCUGCUGGAGAUGUACAGGACCAUGAAUGGAGGCAAGCCAUAACUGCAGCUGGAUCAGGAUGUGUUGCUGCCCUAUCAGUAGAGAGAUAUCUUACAGGCAAUGAUCUUCUUGUUGAAUUUCACCAGAAACCAACUGAAGAGGUUAAAAAGGAUCUCACGGACCGAGAUGUACAAGAAGGUUUUGAUAUCACACUUUCGAAACACAAGGGACAGUAUGCCUUACGGAAGCUGUAUCACGAGAGCCCACGACUGUUAUGUGUGCUGUAUACUGCACCGACUUGUGGUCCAUGUCGGACAUUGAAGCCUAUACUCACUAAGGUUAUAGAUGAAUUUGAGCAGGAUGUCCAUUUUGUUGAGAUUGACAUCACUGAAGACCCUGAGAUUGCCGAGGCAGCUGAUAUAAUGGGUACACCAUGUGUACACUUCUUCAAAAACAAGGAAAUGCUCAAGACACUAUCUGGGGUAAAGAUGAAGAGAGAGUACAGGGAGUUCAUUGAAGCUAAUAAAUAAGAAACUAAUUCUUUCACAACACAUCAUAUAUGAUAUAUGUAUAUAUAUAAAUACAUAUACAUAUGUGUGUGUAUUGUAGUAUUACCUUCUAUAUUUUUUUAAUUGCCUUGUGCUUCACUGAGUUUUGAUCUUUCGGCAUGGCCACUUCAAUAAGAGUGCACAGGAAGUAAUGCUCUGAACUUGACAUCAUAUUUUGUUCUUUAUUAAAAGCCAGUGCCACGUCAACAUACUGGGAGACUGGGG